AUGUCCAACUUGUUCAACAUACGAGCUUUCAAACCCAAGAAAGUAGCAGAGGGUACUAAACAAUGGCAGCUGAAGCAAUACGCUCAACAAACUCUGGGGAGCGGGAACCUUCGGACAGCUGUUCAACUUCCAGAAGGUGAAGAUGUACAAGAAUGGAUUGCAGUUCAUGUUGUCGACUUUUUCAACCACGUCAACAUGCUCUACGGUACCAUUUCCGAAUUUUGCACCCCUACAGAGUGUCCAAUCAUGAACGCCGGUCCUAAAUACGAAUAUUUCUGGGAAGAUGGAGAAACGUAUAAAAAACCAACACAUCUUUCCGCCCCUGCAUACGUCGAGGCUUUGAUGAGCUGGACUCAAUCGAUUCUCGACGACGAGCGUCAUUUCCCUCAAAAGAUUGGGAUUAAAUUCCCUUCCACGUUCAUGACCACAGCCAAAACCAUCCUUCGUCGAUUGUUCAGAGUCUACGCUCAUAUCUAUCAUUCCCACUUUGACCAGAUUUGCGCGUUGGGGAUCGAGGCUCAUCUCAAUACCAACUACCGACAUUUCCUCUUGUUCGUCGACGAGUUUCAAUUGCUUUCGGAGAAAGACCUCAUUCCUCUUGAAGAUUUCAACAAGACCAUCCUUGAAGAAACUGCUAAAUAA